AUGAUUUUGCAUCGCAUUUCUCUACCCGUUUUUUACUAUCUGUUUAUUUUUGCAUACCUACAUUUUGAGACCGCACAGUCUAAGUUAAACAUUGUUACGAAUGAUGACAACCGAUUUGUGAGCGGCUUCUUCGGGAGCGCCAACGGGCCUGUCAACGACUCCGCUGAUGGCGGAGACGAUGAAGGACCAAAGGACAAGAAUGAUGAGAAGAAGCCAAAAAACGUCGCGCAUGACGGAUCGGAGGAUUCCAAAAAUGAGACCACCCCUCCGAAUGAUGACAACAACGAAGGAGCGAUAAACUCGCAGAAGGUUAGCCCAGUGGACGCAGCCUCCUAUUCUCCCACCGCGAGCAACACCGCGAACUACACACCAAGUGACGGUAUAGAAGUAAGAUUCGUGCCAAGUGGGAGUGACAGUUUAAGCAGCGAGAGCGCCCCCAUCCAAGCUGCCCCCGUCGCAGGAAACGAGUCACACAACAGCAGUAGCGGUCCUAAUGAUGAUGACGAUGGCGACGAUGAUGACGAUGACGAAGACGAUAGCGAUGAUAACGAUAGUGAUGAGGCGAAGAAGAGGGGAGCAACCCACCAAAGCAUUCCGACCACCCCACCUAUGACGAUCAAUCUUCCCAUCCUAACAUUCAUGAAUAAGCACCCCAUGCAAGCGAAAAUGAACAAAAACAGAGAAUUUGGUAAUCUAUACAGUCUGCACGAUAAAACCACCCCACAGAUAAACCACGUGAACUAUUUCAAGAAGGAGCUACAAAACGAAUUUGCCUUCAAAAAUGGACUCUAUUUUAGCGCCACCAGUGUGAAGGAGUAUAAUCAGAGAGUCGACCCGAGUAAGCAUGCGUACAUAAAGCUACCAGAAGACACCAUGGUAUUGGUAAUCACAGGAAAUAAAUUCUUCUUUCAAGAUUUAGUAUACUCAAAAAACAAAUACAAUGCCAUAAAGAAGAAGUUUUCAUUUCUUAUGAACAGCAUGAUUAGCAGUUUGAAGAAAAAGUACUUUUUUAAAAACUACGACUAUCAGUAUUUGUACAAGGAUGACACGUUUGCGUAUGAUCAGACAAAGAGAUUACUCGAUAUGGAACUACUCGGAGAAAUCUCCCAUGCCACGCAAACCAUCUCUGUUGAUGAGGAGAAAAAUAAGAAAGUCACCAUGCACAAAGUUUAUGGAGGAUGGUUUGACUUCCUUGGAAUUUUGGUCGUCAAUGGAUACACGAUGAAGCCAGAGGAAAGCGACAACAUGACACAGAAUAAGGCAGCAUUAGAUGUCGUUCCAAAACACAUGCUACAAGAAUUUAAAGAUCUCGUGAUUAAGAAGAAUGAUGGGUAUGAUAAUGGCUAUGCCGUCGGAUUGUGGAGAGACUUCCCGAACGACAAGUUCGUCCCGUGGAGAUACUCCGUGGAAUUGUUCCUGUGGGAUUUGCUGAAUGUGUUGCCCCACGAGCUGCCCCACCCCGCCAAUUUGAUAAUGACCUACCAGGGAGACGCCCUCACCAAGGGGGAAGAAAAACAGGUACAAAAAGAGGCAGGAAAAGAGGCGGAAAAGCCGGACAACCAGCUGCUCAGCGGACAAGCGGAGCUGAAGGAGAGCCAACAGGUGGACGACUCGGCCAAUCGGGGAGAGAAACGAUCCAGGGAAGAAAUUCUCAACUGGCACCAGGUGAUACAGAACAAAAUCGCCUCCUACCCUGGGUUUGAAGUGAAAAUUGUAGCAGCUAAUGACUACCUGAAGGCUAUCGGAUACAGCAAUGAAAUCUUUGCUAGAUACUACAACGCUAAAAAUGGAAACGCAUACAUCUUUCUCAUACUGAUCAAUAAAGACUUCUUCGUCGAUGAAUUUGUUCAGAAAGGAUCCACUCAUGAGGAGUAUCUUCAGGCAAAACAGAACUACUUCAGUCAAAAGAUGAACGAGAUUCUGGAAGGAUUGGAGAGACUUCUGGAAGAAUUAAGGGAAGAGUUAUUCCCAAAUGAGGAAAGAACCAAGCCAGUUAUUACAUUUUAUAACUAUCUAGCUGAUGAGCAGAAUUACGACAAACUGAACCCACACAUCUUGGGAGAGAUUGCUGGAAUUACGAAGCACCUAAAGUGUGAUGAGAUGCGAAACAAUGAUGAUGAUAGAUGCACCAAGGACAUUUCCUUACAUCACAAGUAUGGUGGAUGGUUCGAAUUUGCAGGUGCCAUUAAUGUCAAGAAUGUGAAUUUCGUCCCCACGAAGUAUGAGAAUCAUGGUGAAUUUUUAAAGAAGAAAUACGAAGAUGCUAUUCUCACCCAAGCCAACUGUAACUGUCAAGAUGCCUGGUUGUGGAAAGACCUUCCUGAACAGAACAUGGCCCCCUAUCGAUAUCCACUCCAAGUUUUCGCCUUAGAGAACCCACAGUUUAAUAUCCUCAAUUUGAAAGAAAUGCACCCUUUUGUUGUCAUGGAUAUUCUUAACAAGGGGCUGCAAGCUUUGAAGGUGCAAUCGAAAAAGCAGAACAUAGCGUUGGAGGAGGAGGAAAGAGAGUUCGUCACGACCAUCCAUGAGGGAAGUAGCAGAUCAGAUGACUCCACCCACUGUGACAGUGGCAACAACUCCCUUUCGGCUAGCCAGACCAAGUUUAACUACCUCGCCAGAGAGUGCAUGAAGAAGAAUGAAGUGGAAGCUUCCCAAAUGGCAAAUACCGUCUACAACAAUCCCGAAGAUGAUGACGAAGCGGGAGAGAUUGAUCAAAACGAGUACAUUACUGAAAACGCGGAAUCAGAUGGAACCAGUGAAGCCGAGGAGACAGAAUACACAGAGGACAAAUACAUCGAAGAGGAAGAAAUCGACCGAGCCGAAUACGUCGAAGUGAAUGAAGGGUUCUCUUCCAAACCAGACACGCAGCCAAUUCCCCAGGUUGAGUACGAAUAUGACGCAAGAACCAACCAAGAACAUCUAAGCAGCAAUGACGCAUUUAGCACCACAGGAAGCGACGGGGCAGAGGGUAACACUCACGAGAGCAUCCUCUUCAGAGACAUCACAAAAAAUUUUGGAGACAACGAAGUGCUCGGAGGAAGUAAAAGGGAUGGAAGCGACGUGUUGAAAGCAGGCGACUUCGGUAUCAGCAGAGGUCUGCGAGCCGUCACCGACCUUGUGAACAAGCACCUUGCAAGUGGAAAAGGAAGAGACGGAAGCGGAAACGGUGAUGACGACAAUGACGACGAUGAUAAUGACGACGAAGACAAUGACGACUACGACAUCUACAAUGAUAUUAGCAGCGAGGGAGGUAACGAUGACGGCGACGAUGAUGAUGAUGAAGACAAUGAUAAAGUCAACCUUUAUGCGACGAAUGACUACCUGCAGAAGCAUGUGUUCGGUACACAGGCCCCUUCCUCUCCAGACUUCAUGUCAAAGGCAUAUAUAUUCAUCAUAGUGUGCUUGAUCUGCAUUUGCAUUGCGCUGGUUGUGAGCACUGCUAUGAGAUUGUACGACACACUGCUGAAGAGAAAAGUCGUGGAUAUGAACAGAACUGUCCUAUCCUUCAACACCCACCAAGACAUCCCCGUGGUGCACGGCAUCCCCGCCCCCUGGAUGAACGCCUGA